AUCGUGGUCAUGUGAUGGAAUCACAUUCAUGGCGGAAGUUUGUCUCGCCGAGUGUAAACAAAAGUUCUAAAGACUUUUCCGUUUGCUUUACUAACAUUACAUGAGGUGUGCGAGACGAAUGACUCUAGCAUGUCGUUUUUGUUCCGGUGGACUCUGUUGGGUUUCCUUGUUUGUUGUGAUGUAGGAGAGUGCAGAAGAAGAAAUGUGCUUCUCAUCAUUGCUGAUGAUGGUGGGUUCGAGACGGAUGUCUACAACAACACUGUGGUCCAGACACCUCAUCUUCGGGCUCUUUCCGAGCGCAGCGUGAUCUUCAAGAACGCCUUCACCUCCGUCAGCAGCUGCUCACCAAGCCGUUCCACCAUCCUGACUGGACUACCACAGCACCAGAAUGGGAUGUACGGCCUGCAUCAGGGAGUUCAUCACUUUAACUCAUUUGAUGGAGUGCGCAGUCUUCCUCUCCUCCUGAAUCAAGCCAACAUCCACACUGGAAUCAUCGGGAAAAAACAUGUCGGUCCGGGCCCUGUAUACCCGUUCGAUUUCGCCUACACAGAGGAGACCAAUUCCGUGCUGCAGGUGGGUCGGAAUAUCACCAAGAUCAAGCUCCUUGUUCGGAAGUUCUUCCAGAGCCGGAAGGAAGAGAGAAGUGGGACGGAAGAGGAACGGCCGUUCUUCCUCUAUGUGGCGUUCCAUGAUCCUCACCGCUGUGGCCAUUCCCAGCCUCAGUAUGGAGUGUUCUGUGAAAAGUUUGGGAAUGGAGAGAGCGGAAUGGGAAGAAUUCCGGAUUGGCGGCCGAAGUAUUACUCUCCAGACCAGGUUAAGGUUCCGUACUUUAUUCCGGACACUCCCGCGGCAAGGGCGGAUAUAGCGGCCCAGUACACAACGGUCAGCCGGCUGGACCAAGGUAUUGGUUUGGUUCUUCAAGAGCUACGGGAUGCUGGAUUUGAAAACGACACUCUGGUGAUCUACAGCUCGGAUAACGGAAUCCCGUUCCCCAACGGACGCACUAACCUGUACGGCUCAGGUGUAAAGGAACCCAUGCUGGUGUCCUCACCUGAACACCGGCAGCGCUGGGGACAGAUCAGCCAGGCCUACGUCAGUCUGCUGGAUAUCACUCCCACCAUACUGGACUGGUUCUCUUUGCCGUACCCGUCGUACAGUCUCUCAGGUGGCCGUCCGGUUGAGCUGACGGGUCGGUCUCUCCUCCCGGCCCUGAGCUCGGAGCCGUCCUGGGACACGGUCUACGCCAGCCAGAGUCUCCAUGAGGUCACUAUGUAUUACCCGAUGCGCUCCAUCCACCACGGCCCCUACCGGCUCCUGCACAAUCUUCACUACCGCAUGCCCUUUCCUAUAGACCAGGACUUCUACGUGUCCCCAACCUUCCAGGACCUGUUAAACCGGACGCGGUCGGGCCGGCCCACUGGCUGGUUCAAGACUCUAAAGGAGUAUUACUACCGGGAGAGGUGGGAGCUGUUCCACAUCCAGUCGGAUCCGACGGAGAGGCAGAAUCUGGCCGGUGAUCCGGCGUACGCCCCGGUUCUGGAGAGCCUGAGGGAGCAGCUGCUGAAGUGGCAGUGGAGAACGGAGGAUCCGUGGGUGUGCGAGCCGGAUGCGGUUCUCGAGAGUAAGCUGGAACCGCAGUGCAGACCCUUGCACAACGGACUAUGAGUGCCUGAAAUCAAAGAAAAGACUUUCAGAAUCACUGUUUCAAUGGUUUCAUUUGAGAAUAUAUUUGUAGCUUUUAUAUUGAAAAUGUGAAUAAACUUUUUGAAUAACAAAAUGUCAACGUGAUUUUAUUUUUUGAAAAUUUCAUUACCAUAGAUUGUAAAAAGGUAAUAAGACUCAAUAAAAAUGUCUAUGUCUA